ACUUGCUAUCGUUUAGUAUACUAACUACCCAGUUCUUCCAAAAAAAGAAAAAAAAAAAAAACUAGCCAGACUAUUCUAUCAUACAAUUGAUAGUUCAUCAAACUUUCUUCUUUAAUGGAAACUAAAGAAAAUCAAUACCAUAUUGUGUUUUUUCCAUGGUUAGCAUUUGGUCAUAUUAUACCAUUUCUUGAGUUAUCGAAGAGUUUAGCUUCAAAUGGAAAUGGUGAUAUUCAAAUAUCUUUCAUAUCUACACCAAGUAUUAUCAAAAGACUACCACCAAUUUAUCCACCAAGUUUAAAGAAUCGUAUCAGUUUUGUCUCGGUCGAUUUGCCUUCCGUCGAUAACUUACCUGCUGGUUGUGAAGCAACCGUGGAUCUAAAAGAUGGGGAGCAAACCCAGUAUCUGAAGAUAGCAUAUGAUGAAUUGCAAGCACCGGUCGAAAAGUUUUUGAAUGAAAUGAAGCCAGAUCUGGUAAUAUUCGAUGUCAUUAACUGUUGGAUACCGGAUGUUGGAGCCAAACUCAAUAUUCGUACUGCUUUUUUUAGUGUGUUUUCUGCACCAUUGUUGGCAUUUGUUGGACCAAUAUCGGAAUAUAAAGACUCAAACAGCGAACGCACGCCGGAGUAUUUAACAUCAGUACCGGAAUGGAUCCCUUUUUCUUCAAGUCUUGCAUGUCGACACCAUGAUGCUAUAGGUUUUAAUGAAGUCAUGAACUCUAAAGAUGCAACUGGACUUUCAACGGGUGACAGACUAGUAAGAGUUGUUGAAGGUUGUACCUUCGUUUUACUCAAAAGUGUUGUUGAACUUGAUGGAGACUAUGUGAAUCUCCUCAAAGAUCUCUACCAGAAACCUAUUAUUCCGAUUGGUUUACUACCACCUCGUGCACAUGGUUCAUCGGCUAGUAGCAAAUCCGGCGAUUCCAGCACGAAUAUUAAUUCUGAAAUGUUCCAUUGGCUAGAUAGACAACAACCUAGAUCUGUUGUUUAUGUGUCAUUCGGAAGUGAAUACAAAAUGAGUAUAGAUGAAAUUCAUGAGCUAGCAUUUGGAUUGGAAUCUUCCGAGUUACCAUUCUUGUGGGUACUAAGGAAGCCAGAAGGAAUUGAUCAAUCAAGUCUACUACCAUCCGGUUUUGAGGAUAGAAUCAAAAGUAGAGGAUAUAUGUGCUUUGGAUGGAUCUCUCAAGUAGAGGUUUUAUCUCAUACGGCGAUUGGAGGGAGUUUGUUUCACAGUGGGUCGGGUUCUAUUUCUGAGAACCUCUUCUUCGGACAUAACCAAAUCCUAAUGCCAAUGAUCAUUGACCAAGGUAUCAAUGCCAGGUUCUUAGUUGAAAAGGGACUUGGUUUUGAAGUUCAAAGAAAUGAAGACGGUUCUUUUACCAGAGAUGCAGUAGCAGAAGCAAUGAGGAUUGUGAUGGUAGAACCAGAGGGACAACAAUUGCGACAGAAGACAACUGAGAUGAGCAAGAACAUUUUCUCCGACUAUGAUCUCCAUGAAGAUUACAUACAAAAAUUUGUUUCUUCAUUAGGCCCCUUACUAAAUAAAGAGUAAUAAUGUCAAUUUUCAGCGGAUGCACUCUUGCAUAUAUAGAGUGGUGAAGUUUUUGCGUGUUGUUACCACCAUAUCGUACCAAAAUUCUCCCAAACAUAAUGAAUAAAAUUGGUUGUCUUUAUUAUCA